UAAUGACCAUUACGCGCGCGAAAGAUUCCAUUGUGGACAACAUGAGUGGUUUUAAGUUAAUUUGUUCAUAUAAAUCCAAUAAUUCAAUUAACGUACACAAAUAUACAUCAAUUAAUACCGGGGUUACCGUGUAUCUUGCCGAUGUCGAUGGUCCCGUUGUUUCCGGAUACUUUUGUAUUCCGACGGAAGCCUUUGAUGACGAUGGAUUACCUCACACCCUGGAGCAUCUCAUCUUCAUAGGGAGUGAAAAAUACCCAUACAAGGGUGUUUUAGAUUUAUUGGCGAACCGGUGUCUUGCAUCGGGUACUAAUGCCUGGACUGAUGUUGAUAAUACUUGCUAUACUUUGAAAACUGCUGGUUCCGAAGGUUUUCUCACUUUAAUGCCUAUAUUUCUGGACCAUAUACUUUAUCCUACUCUCAAGAACGCUGCAUACAUUACGGAAGUCCAUCACAUCACAGGUGAAGGUGAAGAUGCAGGUAUAGUUUAUUCGGAAAUGCAAGGCACUAUAAAUUCUGGAGAACGUCUUACACACACGGAACUUUUAAGGGCUGCUUAUCCGGGAAAAUGUGGAUACAAAUCUAUUACUGGAGGCAAUUUGCCAAAUUUACGAGAAAGCACUUCCAACGAAAAAGUAAUAAAUUAUCAUAAGGAGUUAUACAGACCAGAAAACUUGAGUAUUAUAAUAACUGGUCAGGUGAAACAUGCCGAUGUCUUUAAAGCGCUUCAACCAUUCGAAGAAAAAAUCAUUUCUAAGGGUCCAAGGGGUCCAUUUAAAAGGCCUUGGCAAGAUGAAGUUUCUCCACUGACUGAAAGUGUCGAUUUGGAUGUUUGUUAUCCAUGUGAUGAUGAAGACAAUGGUCUGGUGAUUGCUGGUUGGCGAGGACCGUCUUCUAUUCACGAAUUUUAUGAUCUUAUGGGAUGUGUUCUACUUUUGAAAUACCUAACUGAUACUUCCGUUAGUCCUCUGCAACAGGAAUUCGUUGAGAUUGAUGAUGCUUAUGCGAAUAACGUUGUUUAUGGUCUUUAUGAAAAUUCCAUACCACUCUUCUACCUUCAAUUCGAAAAUGUCCCAACGGCGAAGAUUCCUCUGAUUAAAGAUCUUCUAAAGAAUGUUUUAAAAAGCAUUGCAUCCAAGGCGGAUGGCAUCGACAUGAAGAGGAUGCAGACUGUUAUUUAUAGGUACAUCCUGGAGGCGCUGAGUUAUAUGGAAAGUUAUCCUCACGACACUGUUUCGGAUUGGCUUAUUGGUGCUGUUCUUUUUGGCAAUACUGAAGAAGAUUUAAAACAAAGGUUGAAUCAAAUCGAGUUGUUUAAAAAGCUGAUGGUGGAACCUGCUUCUUACUGGUUGAAUAUUUUGAAUAAAUAUUUAAUCAACGCACCGAUUGCUAUCUCGAAAGGUAUUCCAAGUAUUGAAAAGAAAAACGAGAUAGCUGAAAAGGAGAAAGAACGGAUAGCGAAACAAAUAGAAAAUUUGGGAAAGGAAGGUCUCGAAAAGAAGAAACGAGAACUGGAAGAAGCGAUUGCAGAAAAUGAGAAACCGGCGCCUGAUGAACUUUUAACUUCUGUACCAAUCCCGAGUACCGAUUCCAUAAAUUUCAUGCACGUUAAACGGUUUUCAACUGAUUCAGUGGAGCAACACCCUCAAUUUGAUGUCAAUAAACUACCCCUCUACACAUUUCUGGAUCAUGCAAAUACUAAUUUUGUUUACAUGUUUGUAACAAUGGAUUCGUCGAAGGUUUCGAAAAAUUUGAGACCCUAUAUUCCUCUAUUACUCGAAUCCAUUCUGGUUUGUCCUCUUAAUAGAGAUGGUAAGUUAAUUCCAUACGAAAAUAUCGUUGCUGAGUUAGAAACCGACACUGUCGAAAUUACCAGUGGAGUUGGAUUAGAAUAUGGAGCACGAUUCUCGUGUGGUGAUUUCAGUCACGCUGCUAACUUGAUGCUUCAGCUCGAAGUGUCAAAAUACGCAAAGGGAGUGCAAUGGAUCAAAGAGUUGUUGUACCAAACAGAAUUUACACCAGAAAGACUAAAGGUAACUGGAGCGAAAAUCAUCAAUGAGGUAGCACAAGCAAAAAGAAACGGAUGUAAGAUUGCAGACGAUCUUCUCAACGGAUUGUUGUACAAAAAAGAAAGUAAUCAUUAUAUGGGCGGUUUGCUUCGGCAGCAGAAAUUCCUGACUAAACUAUUGGAACAUUUAGAAACAGAGGAAGGGCAAAAAGAAGUCGUAGAUGAAAUGAACACUCUGAGGAAGAUUCUGACUUCGCCAAAUUCUCUGGCUAUUUAUAUCGCCGUAAACGUUGAUAAACUUAUUGCUCAGAAUCCAGAUGUUUACGCGCCCUGGAAAAAGCACUUUUCUGAGAUCGAAAGCUCCUCGAAGUCAAAAUUAAAUAUUGCCUUCGAUAGCACACUGAUGAAAAAGCCAGAAGAAAUUUCAUUGAAUGGCUGUGUCACCGGUUUGGGAAGCGUUGAAUCAGCUUAUCUGGUUCAAUCCGUUCCUUGUAUCCAGGAUUUUUUACAUCCGGAUUUGGCCCCGUUACUUGUUUAUCUUCAGUACCUCACACAGGCGGAGGGUCCCAUGUGGAAGAAUAUCCGAGGUCACGGACUUGCAUAUGGCUACAGUUUAUUCGCAAAACCAAACGAUGGUCUUCUCUAUUUGUCCCUGUACAGAGCGACGAAUGUUAUCGGGGCCUACAAAGAGGCGCGAGCGAUUAUAGAGGUGCAUCUGUCAAAAGACAAGUGGGAGCCUACUUUGUUCGACUCUGCGAAGUCUUCGCUUGUUUUCAAAUUCAUCAAUAAAGAAAAGACUGUGCGAGACAUGAUAUCACAGUCGUUAUUGGCCUACUACCGAAACGUACCUCAUGACUAUAAUCGGCAAAUUAUUAAAAACAUUUCGGCUGUUUCACUCGAGGACGCUCAUCGCGUUUCGACUCAGUAUGUAGAGAAACUACUGGAGCCGAAAUUGUGCAAAACUACGAUUGUAUGCCAUCCCAGUAAGGUUUCUGAAGUUGCAGAAGCUUUCAAUGAUUCCAGAUAACAGAUUAGUUACAUACAACCUCAUAACCAAAGCUCGACAUGAUUUUUGGAAAAGAUGGUACAAAGAAUACCUCAACGAGGUUGUAAACUCACAAAAAAUGGCAUAAAUCCACGACAGAUUUGAAGGUCGGAUCCGUAGUUCUCUUUAUGAAAAAUAAUCUAGGAUGCACAACGUGGCCACUGGACGUGAUCAUUGAGGUGUUUCCUGGGAGCGACGAAAUCGCGAGAAUGGCAUCAGUAAGGACAGCCAAUGGCGUCUACAAACGUAAUAUUACCCGGUUGUGCUUACUGCCAACCGCCGAGGUUGAAUCAUCGUUUAUUUAUAACUAGUUGCCUUAGAUUUAAGUCCGUUCUCAUUCAUUUUUAUUAGUUGAAUAUAUUUAAGUCCGUUUUCGUUCAUUUUAAUUAAUUGUGGAAAAUUCAAGUUUAUUCUCGUUCAUUUUAAUGAAUUGCGUAUAUUUAAGUCCAUUCUCGGUCAUGUUAAUUACUUCGGGUUGACCAUUCUAGUUCAUUUUAAAGUUUGAGUAUUUUAGUGAACUCGCUAAAGUUUGCCAAUCGUUGCGUCCAGGGCAAUCAUGACCUUAAUCAACGGGGCAUUCCCUCCUAAGGCAACUGACUCUAUCGCUCUUCUUGUUAACGAGCAAUUUAAAAACAAACCAAAGACUUACGCCAACUAACGUGGGAUCUUGUGUGAUUUACCUUAGCUAUGGUUCAAAUGUUUUAUCUAUAUUUUUAUUUUUAUUUUAUAUCUAUAUUUUAUUUAAAAAAAUUUUUUUAUUUAUAUUAUUUAUAUUUUUUUAUAUAUUUUUAUUUUUAUCCAUAUAAAUCUAGGGUUACUUUGUUGUGCGUGAAAU